UUCCGUUUUAGCUCCCUAAGGUGGGGGUUGACAAGGGGCGUAAGGACUCACCCGGGCUGGCUGGGACCGUGGAGAGGGGAGACCAGCCCACAUGGUCGCUGCAAGUGGACAGUUAAGACUUCUUGGAGCAGGCGCCAAGCAGCCUAGCCUGGUAGCUGGGAUCCUGCCCCAUCUCAGAGAUCAGGCCAUGGAAGCUGUGUUCCUGACAGCCCCGUGGAAGGAGAUGCUGUCCUUUGAGGAUGUGGCUAUGUACUUCACCAGAGAAGAGUGGAACAAACUUGACUGGACUCAAAAGGACCUCUACAGAGAUGUGAUGCUGGAGAAUUACAGAAACAUGAUCUUAUUGGGAUUUCAAUUUCCCAAACCUGAGGUGAUCUGUCAGCUGGAGCAGUGGGAAGACCCAUGGAUCCUGGAUCUACCAAGAGCUGGGACUAGGAAGUCUUCCAGUAGUGCUUGCCCAGGUUCAGAAGCCAGAUACCAGAUGAUAAAGCUGAUUCCAAAGCAGAAAAUUUCUGAAGAUUUAGAGUCAUAUAAGGUAUCAGUGAUAAAGCAGAAGAUGGCAAAGACGUCUUCAGAAAAAUUACUUAAAUGUAACAAAUUUGUGGACAUUUACAGAGUUACACUCCCUACUGUUGGUGAUGAAUGCAACCAGGACUUCCUUCAAAACCUUUACCUUUUUCAAGAUCAGAAUGCUCAAACAAGGAAGAAGCAGGGCAAAUACAAUGGAUAUGGAAAACCCUUCUAUCAGAGAUCAUUACUUUUGAGGCAUAAGCAAAUUCUUACAAAUGCAAAAUUUUAUGAAUGCAAUGAAUGUGAAAGAGUCUUUAAGCGUCAGGCAAAUUUUGUUCGACAUCAGAGAAUUCACACUUCAGAAGACCCUUUUGAGUGUGACAUAUGUGGCCAAGCUUUCAAACAGAAGUCUGCUCUUACUAUCCAUAAACAGUGUCACCCUCAAGAAAAGCCAUAUAAAUGUCAUGACUGUGGAAAAUUUUUCCGUCAGAUGGCAUAUCUUGUUGAACAUAAGAGGAUCCAUACCAAAGAAAAACCUUAUAAAUGCAGUGAAUGUGAAAGAAAGUUUAGUCAGAAUUCAACGCUUAUUCGACAUCAGGUAAUCCAUAGUGGAGCAAAACCCCAUAAGUGCCUUGAAUGUGGGAAAGCCUUUGUUCGGAAUUCAACCCUUAAGAGCCAUCAACAAAUUCACAGUAAACAAAACACUUACAAAUGCAGUGACUGUGGAGAAUUCUUUGGUCGGAAUAUAGAUCUCAUUCAGCAUCAAAGAACCCAUACCAAGGGGAAAUUAUUUGAAUGUAGAGAAUGUGGAAAAACUUUUAGUUUCAAGUCAAAUCUUCGUCGACAUGAAGUCAUUCACAAUGGAGAAAGACCCUAUAGAUGUGACAAAUGUGGGAAAUCUUUCAGUUGGCGUACAAGCUUUAUUAAGCAUCAGGGCACUCACAAAGAGCAUAUAUCUAUGUGAGACUAACCAGGAAAGCUACCAUUUAAAUACCAGAACUUAACCGUCAUACAAGUAUGUAUAGUUUGAUUGUUUGAUGAAAAUUAAUAAAUAAGAACUGAACUUUUUUCUGUGGGGACCCUCUUUUUGUAGGUAAGCUUGCUGUAAUCCAGAAUUACUUAAUAGACAAUAUGAUAGGCUGUUAUGUCCAGUUUCCCUUGAGACCUCUAUACCUCAGUUCCCCCAAAUCAAGUUAAGGCAGAAAGGAGACAUUGUAGCUUUGCUCUGUGGUCCCACAGGCUGGAGACCAUUUAAUGGAUCAUGAAUGAUUUAAGAAUGCCUUUCUUGGUUUCAUACAGAAAAGAUGACCUGGUAUUCAUAGACUAAAAGUAAAUGCCACUCACUAGUAGCUAGUGCGGGAGUAAGAAUUACUAAAAUUUAUUUAUAAAAUUAAAUUAGCAUGCUACUACAUUCUACUGUAGGUCACCAAUACAAGAAACCCAUUUGAAAUUCUAAUAAUCGAAACAUCACUCUAGGUCUGCAUUAAAAAUUGCUAUUUAGACCCUGUCAUAUCAUUCAAGUCCCCUCUAGUUUCUUCUUUAUAUUUAUUAUUGUUCCCACCAAUUCCAUUUCUUACCCAGCAUAUAAAAGUAAAAGAGUUCUAUUGAGAAUGAGAAGAAAGCAAAUGGCACCCCAUAAAAUUGAGGACUCUUAAGCCUUGCCGGAAGAAAGUAUUGAUUAGUGUUAGAUUGUAUAUUGGGUUCAAAAAUACCAAAUCAGUAUUUUUGUACUGGUUGUCAUGAAUUGGCUAGAAGAAAAGACUGCAAAAUUGUAUUUCCCUAAGCAAAAUUAAGAAGUUGAAACUUCUCACUGAUGAAGAAAUAAGCCAUUGAGAGAGAAGUCUCCCUUAACACAGCCUUGGGAGAUGGGGACCUAUGAAAAGCAGAAGAGGGCUUGAGUACACAGAGGUCUAGCCCAGGCUAUUAAAUCUAUUCUGAAAAAAAUAAGUAAGUAAAUCUCUCCUAUUCCUAUAAUGCACAAGCUUCCAGCUUUCCAGAAUAAAGAAGGCACAACUAAAGGAUACAUGAAACAUGGCUAUAAUCAGCCACAUCUCUCCCAAGAGGAAGAAAAGAGCUGCACUACUCAAUAUGCUAACCACUAGCCAUAUGAGGCUAUUUUAAUUAAAUGAAUGAAUGAAUGAAUAAAUAAAUAAAUUCCUCAGUCAAACCUCACUUUUCAAGGUCAGCACAGAUAAAGAAUGUUCCCAUCAACAGGAAGGUUUAUUGGACAGCACUGUAAAGCGCUCCUAAAGACUUCUUAUGGAAACACAGAGAACUUGUAUUUGGCUCCACUUCUUUCUCUAAAACUAAAUUAAAAGGACUUCUUUUCUCGA